CUGGGAUGCAUUUUUUAAGCAAGUCCCCGAGUCUCUGAAAUUAAAUCCACUCGCUCGGCGCUGGGAGACGGCUGUGUGAUAUACAAUAAGGGACCUGUCUCUUUAAGACCAAGCCUCGAUGUGUUGCACAGUUCAAGUUGGGGUCACUCGAAGUUCCUGCCCUCGGUUUUACCUUUUAGUUUUAUUAUAGACUGACAUCACACGGGGCGCUAAAACACUUACGGCGCAUAGAAGCCCCAUUAUCAUCUCCGCGCGUAUUAUUGCUUCGGUACAAAAAUAGACGAGGAAAUUACUAAAAUACAAAAUCGGAGGAAACUGAUGCUGGACUAAGCACGUAUUUUAUAGGAGGGGGAGAGGAAGAGAGAGAGGAAGAUUCAGAGAGGUGGAUGCAGAGAGAGAGAGAGAGAGAGAGAGAGAGCGAGAACGAGAGAGAGAGAGAGGGAGAGAGAGAGAGAGAGAGAGAUCCAUAGCAAUUAAUAAUAAAGAGUUGGCAGCGGUGCUUGGAAAACUGGCAUGGUUUUUGGAGGCUGGCAGUUCAAAGUUGAGACGUCAGAAAUGACUCCAAUAGAGUGUUGAGAUGAUCAUUAAGGGAGACUUAGAGCGGAUGGCAGAAGAGUUCGGGCAUCCAGUUAUUUACCUGUUGUAGGUGGCACUCUGAAGACAAUGUUGGAUGCCAUGGAAGUCCCGAGUCACGCUAGGCACCUCCUCCUCCAGUUGAACUCACAGCGCACCAAAGGCUUCCUGUGUGAUGUCAUCAUCGUGGUGCAGAACGCCCUCUUCCGCGCUCACAAGAACAUCCUGGCCGCCAGCAGCCUGUACCUGAAGUCCCUGGUGGUCCACGACAACCUCAUCAACCUGGACCACGAGAUGGUGAGCCCGGGCGUGUUCCGGGUCAUCCUGGACUACAUCUACACGGGCCGGCUCAACGAGGGCGACCAGGGCUCGGGCGCGGAGCCCAACCUGGGCGCGGUCCUGGCGGCGGCCAGCUACCUGCAGCUGCUGGACCUGGUGGCGCUGUGCAGGAAGAAGCUGAAGAGGAACGGGAAGUACCACCACCUGCGGCCCAUGCAUGGCUUCGCGCCCUACGCCAAGAUCGGGGUUGGAGGAGGGGGCCGGUACCGCGUGUCUGCCCCCGUCAUCCAGUCCUGUUUCCCCGGGGGAGUUCUGAACAGACCCCCCCAGUCGGAGGAGCUGCCACCCCACCCUCUGGUCACUCACGUCGGGGAGAUGUACGCGCCCCCGUCCUCUCAGGGUCCCCAAAUCUACCCUGCGCCCCCGCCGGCCCUCCCCUUGCUGCCCCAGUCCAGCCUGAGGUCGAGCGCCCCGGAGAGGGACUGCUCCCCGCUCUACGGUCUCGACCUAACCAAGAAGAGCCCCGACUCCCAGUCGCAGCCGACGCUCUCCCACCCCGCCCUGUCCCACGCGCUCCUGCACCACGACGAGGGACGCCACAGCCCCGCCCCUCCCGGAACCAACGGGGGGCCUCUGACCCAAAGCAACGACUCGGCCUUCUCCGGGGAAGCGGAGGCAGAGGAGUACAAGGGCUCCCUCUCCUCCCACCCCCACCUGGCGCCCCGCCUCCCCCACCUCCACCGCUCCGACUCCCGAGGCCCGGACCCCUACCCCUGCCCGCCCAGCGCGGGCUCCGAAACCGGGGGCGAGGGGGCAGGAGAGCAGGGCAGCGAGGGGGGAAAGGUGUACCGCUGGGUCAAGCCUGAGCCCUUGCCCUAUCCCCCCGAGGACGAGGAGGAGGACGACGAGGAAGAGGAGGACGAGGAGGAAGGGGCCGGAGGAGACCGGGGGAAAGAGACCAACCACCGGCAUCACAACCAUCACAAAAAUGGCGAGGAGCACAAGCUGGGCGGGGCCGGGCGGCCUGGAGGGUACGGGUGCGAGGGGGAGGACGAGAAGAGCGGCUCGGCCAGCGAGGAGACGGGCAGCAGCGAGGGGCGCCCCUCGCCCAUCUUCCACAUGCCGUACGAGCCCGAGAGCUUCGGGGACAACCUGUACGUGUGCAUCCCCUGCGACAAGGGCUUCCCCAGCUCCGAGCAGCUCAACGCGCACGUGGAGACCCACACCGAGGAGGAGCUCUACGGCCACCCGGCCGGCGAGCUGGGCAGCAGCAACGGCCACGGCGGCGCCGGCAGUGGGAGCAACGCCACCAACGUCAACCCGCCUGCCAACAGCCUGUCGGCCCCCCUGGGCCUGGGGGCGGGGGCGGGGUCUGGUGAGGUCAUCCGCCCGUACCGCUGCUCGUCCUGCGACAAGUCGUACAAGGACCCGGCGACCCUGCGGCAGCACGAGAAGAGCCACUGGCUGACGCGGCCGUACCCCUGCAGCAUCUGCGGCAAGAAGUUCACCCAGCGCGGCACCAUGACCCGCCACAUGCGCAGCCACCUGGGCCUCAAGCCCUUCGCCUGCGACGCCUGCGGCAUGCGCUUCACCCGCCAGUACCGCCUGACCGAGCACAUGCGCAUCCACUCGGGCGAGAAGCCCUACGAGUGCCAGGUGUGCGGCGGCAAGUUCGCGCAGCAGCGCAACCUCAUCAGCCACAUGAAGAUGCACAGCGGGGGCGGCGUGGCCGACGGCAAGCUCAAGAUGGACUUCGCCGACAGCAUCUACCCGCUGGGCAAGUACGCCGAGCACCUGGGGCUCAAGCACGAGAAGGCCUCCGCCCUCCUGGCCCAGGCCUCCCAGCACCUCCUGGCGGACGCCAAGGCCAUGGAGAGCCUGUACCCGCUGUCCAAGCUGGCCGCCGAGCACCUGGGGAUCAUCCACGACAAGAUGGAUGCCCUCCGGCAGCCGCUGGGACCCCCUCCCCCCUCCCAGCAGCUCUCCUCAGAGCCCAGAGCCAUCGACCGCUACUCCCCCAGCUAGAGGGGGUGAGGGACCCCGGACCGGAGCCAGCGCUACCCACACCCACCCCCCGCCACCCAUCCCCCUGUGACUGUGCCCUCUUGGUUGUUAAGCCAUAACACACAAAGGCAGCCAAAGGCAAAGCUUUGUGUGCCUUAAAAUUGGAAGCACUUAGAAGUCUGCUUACCCCUGACCCCACGUGUGCCUGAGCCUCACAGGGAGGGGCCCAGACGCACGCUUGCUUCACUUCAGAGAAGCGGGAAAGAAACAGGCGAGCAGACAUUUACGGACCUGUAAAAAGUGCCUUUUCAAAUUCUGCAGUGUGUGCACUUAAAAAAAUCAUUCUGAAAAGAAAAGGACAAACUUGCGUGGAAACACAAACCAAAGCAGUAUCAUAUUUUUUUAAAGUCGUUUCUACAAAGAACUGUUAAGCUGUCGAGCCAAAAAAGGUGAACAAGCAUGUUUUCUGCCUUUUUUUCCAUUUUUUUAAACUUUCAUAUUCAAAAGCCAAAGAACACGGCGGAAUAAAGACAUUGUGAAACAUGUUGCAGUCGUAUCCUAUAACUGUGUACUUAAUAAUUGUAAAUUUAGAGCAAUAAAGAAAGAGGAACCAAACGCAAAGCACAUA